AUGUCUGAAAUUGCCGAAUCCGCGUGGCUCAUGAAGGCUGAACCAGAGACUCGAAUCGUCAAGGGCAAAGAUGUGGCAUUCUCCGCUACUCACUUGGAGAAAGCUGGCGUUGAACACUGGGAUGGUGUACGCAACCACGAAGCCAAAAACCUUAUGAGGGAUCGAAUGAAAGUUGGGGAUCCAGUUUUGUUUUACCAUUCGAACUGUAAAGUUCCCGGGAUUUCAGCCAUUGCGAAAAUUCAUCGAGCUGGAUAUCCAGAUUUUACAGCGUUCGAUCCAUCUCAUCCCUAUCAUGAUCCCAAAUCAUCGGAGAGCUCGCCAACCUGGUAUAUGGUUGAUGUCGAAUUCGUCUCUCAUCUUACUCACUUCGUACCUCUCAAAUUCCUACAAUCUCUGACUGAAGCAUCCCAUCCCAUCCCACUUCCUGAAUACAUCACAUCCGAAGAUCUUACUGCAAUUCGUGAAAUGGCUCUUUUGAAUCGAGGUCGACUCUCAGUUCAACCCGUCAGCUUACAGGCGUUUUCAGCAAUUAAGCUUCUAGGGGAACGAGGUGGUUGGGAUAGUUUGACUGCAAUUGAUUCAAAUCGUAAUAAGCGAAAAAGUGAUGCAACUCCAGCUUCAGUAUCCAAGUCCAAAAAGCCAAAGUCUUCGGCUGAGAGUAAAACUGAAGUAGAAGCUUUGUCCACCAAACGAAGGACUAGGUCAAAGCGUUGA